AUGUCAGCUGCAAACGAAGCAACCGCUUUCUUUCUGCCGCGGCAUCACGCCCCCCUCUGGGCAGUGUACCGGGUGAACGUGCAUCUGAUGGGCGCCAAGGACGCCAUCAAAAACUCCUUCACUGUUGACGACAACGUCUGUACUGGGUGGCCGUGCAUCUCGUGGGCAGCGUCAUGGCAGCAUUCUCCAUUCUCUCCCUCCCCACCCAUCUCUCCUCCAGAAUGCAUGGAGGACAGAGUAGCAUGCACACUGGAGGCUAGAAGGCAUAGAGGACAGAGUAGCAUGGACACUGGAGGCUGUGGAAGGCUCAGUGUGUGCACUGCUCUUCUCCUCCCCACAUCUCUCCUCCAGCGCACGUGGGCGCUGCUAGAAGGCACGGAGGACAGAGUGGCAUGGGCGCUGGAGGCUGUGGGGCUGUGGGAGGUUGUGGCACGCACUGCUGAAGAGGGAUGGGGCUCGCACGUGGGCGUUACUAGAGGGUACGGAGGACAGGGUGGUGGCAUGGGCGCUGGAGGCAGUGGGAGGAGGCGCACGUGGGCGCUACUAGAGGGUACGGAGGACAGAGUGGCAUGGGCGCUGGAGGCAGUGGGGCUGAAGCACCUGUCAAGAGAGCCAGCCAGCAUUCUCAGCAUGGGCCAGGUGAGUGCUGGGGGAGGUGUUAUGUGCCAAUCAGAUGCGUUCUGGGCAAGCCCUCCGCUCUUCCCCCUCUUCUCCCAGCACAAUUGCUUACUGGCCAGUCGCCAUUCCUCGUUCCCUCUGGUAUUGGACGAGCCCUCCGUGGGGCCGUACGUGUACAGCAAGCGCUUACAGCUGGCCCAAUUCCUGGCGAUUCCCCGCUCAUUGUGGCCAUUAGACGAGCCAUCCGGGGGGCUGGACCUGGCUGGGCGCAAGCGCCUGCAGCUGGCCCGGCUCUUGGCCAUCCCCCGCUCAUUGUGGCUAUUAGACGAGCCGUCUGUGGGGCUGGACCUGGCUGGGGUUGAGCUGCUAGAGGGAAUGAUUGAAGAACACAGGGGCGCAGGGGGCAUUGCCUUUGUCGCCACACACACGCCCAUCCAACUUUCUUCCUGCUUUCACCUCCGCUUCCCCGUCAGGUGUGUAACUCUAGUGGCCCUCCCUUAG